GAAAGAGAGCACGUAUGAAGUCUACAGUGCUGGAAGCAGAAGGAAGUGGUUCAGACUCUGAUGUGUGGCAAUGUGACUCUGAUCUCGACCGGAAUGAAAGUUUCUACGUCCCUAAUACAUCAUUCACCCAAAAGUUGACCGCUCUUGACCCGUCAUUAUACCAUGGCACAGGUGAUGAUUUCAGUACAGAGGACAAUUUUGAUCAGACGAGCGCAUAUAUCAACCACCAGCUUAGUAUCUAUGGGUUUUCAUCCAAUCUUCAGUUCCUGAAAGCGGAUAAGCAAAAUGCAUCCAGGAUCGUCACUGCCCUUUACAAGAUCUUGCAGCAACAUCUGAAAGAUACCUCUCAUAAAGAGGAGAUGGAUUUGAAUUGGAGACGACUUUCAAGUGAUCAUGAUGCUGCAAUUCAGAGAUUGAAUACCACAAAGUCACAAUUGGAAAAAGCUGAGCGUGAGACAGACAUCCUAGGAGGCAGGGUAUCAGCACUAGAAGAUGAAUUAAGAGCAGAGACAGAGAAACAUCGCUACACACGAGAAGAGCUAAAGUCUGCGAAAGCAAAUCUUCAAUACAUCAAAACACAAUAUGCUCAUGAAGCAAGGAAAAAGGAACAAGAGAUCCAUGUACUCAAGGAGAAGCUACAGAAAUCAAUCAAUAGGAGUCAGCUGUCCUCUUCCACAAUACCAGGAGGGAUCAAGAUUCUCAAUCCUGUACCACGGUCAAUAUAUGGGAAACAGCCUACGGGCGAUACGGAACAUCUGCUCAGAGAAACCAUUGGACAACAACAAGCGAAGGAAGCAGAGAUUGUGGAAGAGAAUGAACAGCUUCGUAGAACACUCUAUACAGUUCAUGUGCAACUGGAGGGUCUGAUCCAAAAACAUUCAUUAAAGGAUUCUGUUGCUACGCCAUACGGACUUCCAUUCGAUAUGAUUAAGGACAAGAUCGAGACAGAGAUUCGAGACACAUUAACUUUAUUGAGUGAUCAAUGGGAUCACCGUCCAUCUCUGGAGCCUGCUAUAUCAUCAAGCGAGAUUGUAGUACGAGAUCAAAGGAUUCAAGAUCUUCAAAAGGAGGUCGAGAAGAUGCAAUUGGAAUUGGAGGAGUCAACUCUGCUGGUUCAGGGUGCUCAGAAAAUGAUUGAUAAUUUAACAAGUGGUAACUUUUUGGCAGGAAUGCAAGAUCUCAAUUUGAACGCGGGAAGCUCUGAUAUGACUGCUCAAGAGAUAGAAGAAGCUGAGGCCAAAGUCCAGAAACAGCGCGAAGAAUUGGCUAAGGAAAGGAAAAAAUUCACCGAGGCCUGCAUAGAUCUCGGUAAGAAGCGCGACGAGUUGGAGCGAGACAAGAUGGCAUUUGAGGAGAGCAAGAGGACGUUUAGGUUGGACAAGGUCAUGUCCUUUUUGUCAUUUUCCCCUAAAUCAGAAAACCGAAUAAGAACCACUCCCCCAUCUUCACCCACACCAGCACCAGCACUAUUGACACCAUCAGAAGCAGUAUCAACAAUAACACACCUCAAUGGAGUUAAAUCCAGGAAACGAGUAGCAAGCUCACCGCUACCGCCGGACUUUUCAUUACCGGGGCGAUCAGUUAGACCAAAGAAAGCGACAACUGUUAUGGAGCUUGAGGAUGAAGAAUUUAGUGCACAUGGUGUUAAACAAGGAACAUUUCAUCAAAAUAUGGAUAGAAUGAGUGCUACUGAAGGCAAGGAAGAAAUGGAAAGGGAUCAAGAGCAAGAAGAGGAAGAGGAAGAAGAGUUACUUCAGACAUCACGGCGUAAAUUGUUUAAUACUAUGUCCGAUACUAUAGGGCUUCUGAAACCUCAGCUGAACCUCGAUCUGCCCCGUCAACAAUAUCAACAACAGUGA